CUGAGACUCCUCCAUCCACAUAACACAUAAUGUACAUGAGCACCGUCUUACUUACCACCCUGGCUGCCCUCGCCUGGGCCCAGGAUGCACCAGAAUGCCACUGUGGAAUGUUCAUCACAGCUUUCCAUAAUGAGUACUUGGUUCACUUGCUCCCACCGUUUGACCUGGACGACUGCAGUGCCAUGGAAGCGUGUAAUUCAAAGUGCAAUGAUGAAUUCGAUGCGCUAACAGGUGGGGGCUACCUCAACUACUCACUCAAUAACGGCUUCACGGUGGGUCAGGAGCUCUGCCUCACCAUGCUCACCGAAUACGACAUUGACCAUGUCGAGGAAGAAACCGUGUAUGGCUACGCCCGCCAGUGUAACGGCCCCUGGGACUAUGACGGUGGAUCCACCUUCGACCAGUUGUGCUGCUGGGAGGGCCGAUAUUAUGAGUGUUAGCCGUGAACCAGCCAUUGCCUAGCUCACCUGGUCUUUACCCAUCUCUCUCAGCCAUUACCAGGUCACACACUUCUUAUCUAACUCACCCAGACCGACACCAGCAACAAGUUUGUAGUGGACGUCUCCCCUACAACUGCGUAGCCACAGCCACCACCUGCUACCGCCUUCCCUAGCAACCAACCAG